GCGACAUGCGAGUGACAAAGGCACAUGUUACGGUCUCCGCUUCGGAACUUGAAAGUUGAACUUGGGACUCUCAACUUCUCACGUUCUCGUUGAUAAAUCGUAUCACGUUCCACCCUCUUUCGGCGCCAUUCCUCGCUUUUGGCGCCGCAAUGGCCGGACAUGGAAGCGCAUAGCCAUUGUGUUUUGAUCAAGUGCCAAGCAACACGAUUUCGAAAGGCCUUCAGGCCGCUCGACAGACGCACGCGACUCGUCAGCCACGCCCACAAUGGCUUCGAACCGCACACUCUACACGGCCGCCGAUAACCUCUCUCAGGCCCGCGGCCUGUCAGCGUCUAUAUCGUCCAUAUCGUCACUGUCAUCCCCAGCCCCUUCGGGCCGUAGUGCCGUGGCGUCCCACAUUUCCAAGACAUACCGCCAGGCGUCGACUCUCUUCCUCACGCGUCGCUUGCCCGAGGCGCUGUCGACCGUCUUACCGCUAGUGUCUCCUUCCCAGUCCGACGAUCCAAAUGGACCACUUGAGCCGGCCCCGGUUAUCCAGGCGUCUCGCUCAUCAAGGGUCAAGGUCUGGAGCCUGUACUUGACUGUGCUCAAUGCGAUUGUCGAGCUUGACCCGGAUGACGGUAAGGAGGCGUUUGGGACGCAGGAAUGGAGGGCCAUCUGCCAUAAGGUUCGUGAGGGGGAGAUUUGGGAGGAGGUCAUCCGCAAUGGAUAUGACGGCAUUGAAGGGGAUGUGGACGCAGAGGUAGUGAUCAACCUAGCCACUCUCCUUCUCACGCACGCCAAAACCCAGAUUACCAACCAAAAACGACUCGAGAACUACCUCGCCGCGGCCCGAACCCCAAACCUCAACAUCUCCUCCAACCGCUUCACCGAAUCCUCUCCGCGGCGCUACCACUCCCUAGGCCCAGGCCAACGCCGUGCGACCACCGUCCCCAGCGGCGCCGACACCCCGCUCGACCUUCACGCGCGCGUCAAGAUCCUUGAGCUGUACACGCUGCACGUGCUUCCGCGGAACAACGAGUGGGGGUACGCGCGCGAGCUCAUCAGCGUCAGCCCCGUGCUCGACGACGAGCGGCGCGAGGCAUUCCUGCAGGCGCUCGAUACCCUGCGCGAGGAGCAGCUCGAGGCCGAACGCCGCGAGGAGGAGGAGAGGGCGCGGCGCGAGGAGGCGAUUCGGCGGGAUAUUGAGGAGGCGCGGCGGCUGCGGGCGGAGAACGAGGUGCGAGAGAGGAGGAGGUUGGAAGAGGAACGAGCCAAGAGGGAGGCUGAGGAGCGGGAGCGCAGGGAGAGGGUGAGGGCUGCGGUGACCGAAGGGGAUUUUGGCGUCGAGAGCACGCCUACUCGGCCAACGGCCAAGUCGGGGAGUCGACUGCCUGAGGGUGUGGCGAGGGAAAGAGGGCCGUUGCCGACAAGAAGGGCUAGCGGCGGCGGUAAUGCCGUUGCUGCGCCGACGCUGAUGUCGAAGGCUUCGAUGGUGUUGGGGAACCUACGGAUGCUGGUUGACGAGAUUGCGGGCGCCUUCCAGACGAACCCCUAUGUGCUGUUGCGGAUGCUGGCGUUUAUCAUCGGGCUGCUUAUGUUGCUGAGCAGGAAAGGGAUCCGCGAGAGGAUCGCUCGGAUACUUGAGGCGAGCUGGGCCAAGGUGAAGGCCACGGCCGGCAUGGGCACCAAGGUCAGCUAUAUCUAGAUGAGCUGGCCGGGUUAAUGCAUUGGAAUAUGUUGAAGUGCGCGGCGGGUUUCCUUUAUAUUAUUCUCUUGCAUCGCGCUAGGCUGUUUUUAACCCUUUCCUUUUGUAGCAUGUACGAGACAACGCAGUA